AUGGCUGAAUCCGGCGUCGCGAACCAGAACUUCAACGUGUCGUGGAAGGUGGACGUGGACCCGUCGUUCGACUAUCUCGUCCGCCUCUUCUUCGCCGACAUUAUAAGCACGUCCGCCAACGACCUCUACUUCAACGUGUACAUCAACGGCCGCAAGGCCAUCUCCGCCCUGGACCUCUCCACCAUCACCGGCGACCUGGCCGCGCCCUACUACAAGGACUUCGUGGUGAACUCGUCGGUUAAUACCGACGGCCACAUCAUCAUCGACGUCGGGCCGCUAGGGGAGGACACGGGCCGCAACGACGCGCUGCUCAACGGCGCGGAGGUGCUCAAGAUGACCAACUCGGUGGGCAGCCUGGACGGCGAGUACGGCGUGGACGGCCGGAUGGUGGAUGACGGCAGCGGCACCCGCAAGGUGGUGGCGGCCGUGGGGUUCGCCAUGAUGUUCGGCGCCUUCGCCGGCCUGGGAUGCAUGGUGGUGAAGUGGCAUCGGCGGCCGCAGGACUGGGAGCGGCGCAACAGCUUCUCGUCGUGGCUGCUGCCGAUCCACACGGGCCAGUCCUUCAGCAACGGCAAGUCCAAGAGCGGCUACACCUUCUCCUCCACCGCGGGGCUGGGCCACUUCUUCACCUUCGCGGAGAUGUCAGAGGCGACCAAGAACUUCGCCGAGAGCGCCAUCAUCGGCGUGGGAGGGUUCGGCAACGUGUACGUGGGCGAGAUCAACGACCCCGACGAGGAGGGCUCCAGGAUCAAGGUGGCCAUCAAGCGCGGGAACCCGUCGUCGGAGCAGGGCAUCAACGAGUUCAACACCGAGAUCCAGAUGCUGUCCAAGCUCCGGCACCGCCACCUCGUCUCCCUCAUCGGCUACUGCGACGAGGGCGAGGAGAUGAUCCUCGUCUACGAGUUCAUGCAGCACGGGCCCUUCCGCGACCACAUCUACGGCGGGCCCGAGGGCCUGCCCACGCUCUCCUGGAAGCAGCGCCUCGAGAUCUGCAUCGGCGCCGCCAGGGGCCUCCACUACCUCCACACCGGCACCGCGCACGGGAUCAUCCACCGCGACGUCAAGACCACCAACAUCCUCCUCGACGACAAGUUCGUGGCCAAGGUGGCCGACUUCGGCCUCUCCAAGGACGGCCCCGGGAUGAACCAGCUGCACGUCAGCACCGCCGUCAAGGGCAGCUUCGGGUACCUCGACCCGGAGUACUUCCGGUGCCAGCAGCUGACCGACAAGUCCGACGUCUACUCAUUCGGGGUGGUGCUGCUGGAGACGCUGUGCGCGCGGGCGCCCAUCGACCCGCAGCUGCCGCGCGAGCAGGUCAGCCUCGCCGAGUGGGGCCUGCAGUGGAAGCGCAAGGGCCUCAUCGAGAAGAUCAUGGACCCCAACCUCGCCGGCAAGGUCAACCCGGAGUCGCUCGCCAAGUUCGCCGAGACCGCCGAGAAGUGCCUCUGCGAGUUCGGCAGCGACCGCCUCUCCAUGGGCGACGUGCUCUGGAACCUCGAGUACGCGCUGCAGCUGCAGGAGUCCAACCCACCCGAGGGCGCCAGCGACGCCGACGACGCCGACGCCUCCAUCGUCUCCUCCGCCAGCGGCGUCACCACCGUGCCCGACCAAUCCACCACCUCCGCCAACGAGCUCUUCGCGCAGCUCGCCGACAUGAAGGGCAGGUGA